CGUGGCCUCUGCGUCACGUGCGGCGCGUGGCGGGGCCCGCGGUAGAGGACACGGUGAAGAUGGCGGCGGCUGCGGCGGCGCUGCGGCUCCUGGCUGCGGGGCGGCCGCUCCUCCAACAGCGCCGCGGGAUCCACCUCUCCGCGGCGGCCGCCAUCCAGGUGACGGUGCGGGACGCGCUGAACCAAGCGCUGGAUGAGGAGCUGGAGCGGGACGAGCGCGUCUUUCUGCUGGGCGAGGAGGUGGCCCAGUACGAUGGUGCUUACAAGAUCUCCAGGGGGCUCUGGAAGAAAUAUGGGGACAAGAGGGUGAUCGACACCCCGAUAUCGGAGAUGGGCUUCGCGGGCAUCGCGGUCGGUGCUGCUAUGGCGGGGUUGAGACCGGUCUGUGAAUUCAUGACAUUCAACUUCUCCAUGCAAGCGAUCGAUCAGGUUAUAAACUCCGCUGCCAAGACCUGUUACAUGUCUGCAGGAUCCAUCGCCGUUCCCAUUGUCUUCCGGGGACCCAAUGGGGCAUCUGCGGGAGUUGCUGCCCAACACUCACAGUGUUUCGCAGCUUGGUACGGGCACUGCCCGGGACUGAAAGUUGUUAGUCCUUGGAGCUCAGAAGAUUCCAAGGGUCUGCUGAAAGCAUCGAUCCGGGAUGAUAAUCCAGUUGUGAUGCUGGAAAAUGAAUUACUGUAUGGUGUUCCCUUUGAAAUGUCUGAACAGGCACAGUCAAAGGAUUUCAUUGUUCCAAUUGGAAAAGCUAAAAUAGAAAGGGAAGGAACUCAUGUUACGUUAGUGUCACACUCAAGACCCGUUGGACACUGUUUGGAAGCAGCUGCUGUACUUGCCAAAGAAGGUGUAGAGUGUGAGGUUGUAAAUCUGCGAACCAUUCGACCAAUGGAUAUUGAAACUGUGGAAGCCAGUGUUGUAAAGACAAAUCAUCUUGUAACUGUGGAAGGUGGCUGGCCACAAUUUGGAGUAGGAGCUGAAAUCUGUGCCAGGAUCAUGGAAGGACCUGCCUUUAACUACUUGGAUGCUCCAGCCGUGCGUGUUACUGGUGCAGACGUUCCAAUGCCUUAUGCAAAAAUUUUAGAAGAUAACUGCAUACCUCAAGUGAAGGAUAUAAUAUUUGCAGUGAAGAAAACAUUAAAUAUCUAACUUGUAAAUACACAUUUUAAAGUCAUGCUUGUGUCAGUGGUGUAGGGCAAGCUGUAUGCAUAACUUCUGUAGCUACAUGAACUUUUGUACAGGGGGGAAAGUACAGUGACCCCCCAGGGCAUUUAUAGGGGGUCAACCUUCUCAGCCACGCUUCAUAUAAGCAACAGUGUAAUGUGGUCAUGCUUGUUUGUUCAACAGUACAGGUGGGUUCGUGCUACUCUAUGUGGAGAAAUCCCAUUCUAAAUUAAGAUUGAGGUAAAAAUCCUCUGUUUCUGCUUGGCUUGUAAUUACCAGACCGGCUGUGUUAAACUGGCUGUAGUGGUGGCUGAGUGAAGAACUGCAGUGAGCAAGAGGGGGCCCCGAGUCCAGCCCUGGAAUGCUGUACAACCCACGGUUGUAAGGCUUAUUGAAGGCGAAUGAUCAAACUGGAGCAGGUGAAGCCUUGCUUUUCAGUUCAACAGUUAACGCAACUAUCCGCACAAAGUGGCUUUGGAAGCCUUUUGGAAGUGGUGUCGGUUAUGAGAUGGCUGACACUUAAUUUGAAGAGCACUCCAGUCAUGCAGGAAAGCUGCCGCACAGGAGCUUAAAUAAAGAUCCUGAUCCUCUUGAGUUUGUGAUGGGAAGUGCUGCCUACUUUUUCUUCACUGACUGCCACAUACAGUGAUAAAAAAAUACUUGCCCAGAUGCUUUGCUUUAUGUAUUUUUUUUUUAACUCAUCACAAGGGCUGACCAGGGCACGUUCAAACUAAAGCUCCUGCAGUGUCAAAUAACUUAUUUCAUUCAGACGCACCGACCCUGGGGCUGAAGCAGAGAUUGUGUUUGAAGAGCUGAGAAGCUGCUGCAGCAGCCAUUCAGCAGAGCACCACACAGCAGGAUUUAACUGAGGGGCUUGUCCUGACUGGACAGGCAGGGAGAGCUCUGCUAGGUUUUGUUCAGCAGCUUCUGGCACAGAGCGAAAGCUACAAAGCAGAGUCGGCAGUGGGGCCCUUGGCCUGUCUGCCCAGCAGGCUGCUGCUCUGCUGAACCCUCAGAGAGGCGAUACUUACCCCUGAGAGCAGACGGAAGAGCUCGGGUCCUGCUUCAGUUAAGGCCCAGCAAUACCUGUCAGGGUAUUUCCUUUAGCAGAAGUGCUCUUAGGAAGUCCGGCUUGCAGGUGCAAUCCUAGCAGAACACACCCACCACCACGCUGCCGAAGGAAUUCCAUUAACAUUUUAAUAAAAACAACUGAAU